AUGAGAUUACAACCUGCUUUAUUUCCGGCAUUAUUGCCCCUCGGAGCUGUGUGCUUCUAUUGGACCAGUGGCACCGAAACCUCACCGGCAGACAGACGCUCCAACUUUAGUCCCAGUCAGAUAUCCAGUAUUGAGCAAGAAGCACAUGGCAUGUUGCCCAAUGCGGCAUUGCCAAGUUCUAUCAGCCAAGACAGCCUGAUCAGUCUGCAGCUCAUUGCUUUUAACGAAAUAUUUGAGGUCGCCUUUUUCACGGAACUUCUUUUCAACUUGACGAACAAUGUCGACGGGUAUGAGCUGAGCGAUGACAACGGGGAAUCUAUAAUCGAGUCGAUCCUCACCAUACAAAAUCAAGAGGAACUCCACGCAUUGCAAGCAAAUCAAUUGCUUGAAUACUUUGGAACCAAUCCAAUUCAACCUUGCAAUUACUCAUUUCCUGUUUCAAAUCUACGAGAAGCCAUAUGGCAUGCCUCUUUAUUUACGAGUGUGAAUCUUGGAACCAUGCAAGACGUCACCCGUAUAUUCGCUGAUUCAGGAGACACCUCCUUAAUUCAAGUUCUCACUUCUAUUAUUGGUCAGGAAGGAGAGCAAGAGGGCUUUUUUCGUAUAAUUCAACAGAAGCUCCCGAGCGAAGUUCCAUUCCUAACAGCGAGUGUUCGAGAGUUCACCUUUACAGCCCUCCGGAGUCAUGUUAUUCCAGGUUCUUGUUCGCACCUGGACGCCAUCCAUCUGAAAACAUUCGCACCAUUAAAUCUUAUUACCACUCCGGUCGCCGAAACGGAAAUCAUCCAGUUCAGUUAUCCGAAUCAAACCUACUAUGGGGAUCUUUUCGCUGUCUAUAUAAACCAGCAGAACCUGCCUAUAGUUGAAGCUAUCGGAGUUAAUGAUGUUAAAGACUACGCUGUGAAUGCGGAAGCGCUUUUUCCCUAUAAUGCCAAUGAAAUGAAUGGUUUGACAAUAAUGACAUUGACAAACAGCCCUGGGCCAUUUAUUGAUGCCAGAGAAGUCGCUAAAUCCACUCUAUUCGGGCCUGCUUUUAUCAUUGUAAAUUAG